AUGAACUUUCAAACGAGCAAAGUCGUAGAGGUACACAUACCUUUGUGGUUUCUUUCUAUCUAUCUAUCUAUCUAUCUAUCUAUCUAUCUAUCUAUCUAUCUAUCUAUCUAUCUUCAGUCUGCUCGUGUCUGUCUGUCUGUCUAUAUAUUUUCAGCCUGUCCUAUCUAUCUAUCUAUCUAUCUAUCUAUCUAUCUAUCUAUCUAUCUAUCACAAUCUGUUUUUAUCUAUCUAUCUGUCUAUCACAGUCUGUUUUAUCUAUCUAUCUAUCUAUCUAUCUAUCUAUCUAUCUAUUCCAGUCUGUUUUAUCUAUCACAGAUUUUUUUAAUCUAUCUAUCUAUCUAUCUAUCUAUCUAUCUAUCUAUCUAUCUAUCUAUCUAUCACAAUCUGUUUUUAUCUAUCUGUCUAUCACAGUCUGUUUUAUCUAUCUAUCUAUCUAUCUAUCUAUCUAUCUAUCUAUCUAUCUAUCUAUCACAAUCUGUUUUUAUCUAUCUAUCUGUCUAUCACAGUCUGUUUUAUCUAUCUAUCUAUCUAUCUAUCUAUUCCAGUCUGUUUUAUUUAUCACAUAUUUUUUCUAUCUAUCUAUCUAUCUAUCUAUCUAUCUAUCUAUCUAUCUAUCUAUCUAUCUCAAUAUAUAAUCCUAGUGGGUUUGUUCUUUCCAUUAUCUAUCUAUCUAUCUAUCUAUCUAUCUAUCUAUGUACAUUAUUCAUCUAUGUCUGUCUGUCUCUAUCUAUCUAUCUAUCUAUCUAUCUAUCUAUCUAUCUAUCUAUCUAUAUCUAUCUCAGUCUUUCCAUUAUCUAUCUAUCUAUCUAUUAUAAUGAAGACAUAUCAGAGUCUGUCUGUCUGUCUGUCUCUCUCUCUCUCUCUCUCUCUGUCUCUCUCUCUCUCUCUGACUGGCUUCAGGAAGUUCUUUCCAUUAUCUAUCUAUCUAUCUAUCUAUCUAUCUAUCUGAUGUAA